CCUGAUCAUCAGCUUCAGACACUCAUAAGAGCAGCACAUCCACAGUGUACACACCCCCUCUCCCAUAAAUAUCUGAGGCACACUGUGUUUCCUCAGAAGACUCAGGACUUUCACUGACGACAUCAUAGAACGGACAGGAGCUGGUGUUUGAGACAUCAUAUCAGCCGAGCCGAGGACACUGAUGAAGGAUGAGUGCAUCUAGGUGGUUGAUCACGCCUCUGCUGUUGUACCUGUUCAGCUCAGCUACCUCAUCCCCGGUUUCCAUUUCCACAUCUGCUCCACCUCUUCUGUCACAAAUUUCACGUCCCUCUCCCGUGCCAACAGUCCUCCCGUCUCCACCUUCUCCUUCUCUCAGCGUCCCUCCACCCAUCCCGUCCCUCCUCAGCAGUCCUGCAGAGAUGACAGAGAGGGUCCAGUGCCCUCUCAUGAUGUCUCCGUCCAUUCUGGUGGUCAGGUAUGGAGAUCCAGUCACAGCCAACUGCUCUGUGCUGAGUAGAGGGUUUCCUCUUCUUGGUUGGGAAGUCUCAAUGGAGCCUCCUUCACCGACUGAGGAUCACUUUCUGGUCUGGAGUGUGAACAGUAUGACUGACUGGGGCAUCAAACCAAUGUGCUGGGCUCUAUCUGAACAGGGAGGACAGUGCGACAUCAGGCUCCCUCUAGUAAUCUUCAAGCCUCCAGAUAAUGUUUCCAUCAGCCUGGUUAACCACACAGGGCCGGUGUUAGAGGGUCAUCAGUACACCCUGCAGUGUACGGUACAGGGUGUAGCUCCAAUUGAAAACCUCGUUGUGACCUUCUACAGAGGACAAACAGCACUGGAGAGAAUACAGUCCAACAGCACAAUGAAAACACCAGAGACUGAGAUAUUUACUUUAAAUAUCUAUCCCAGUAGAGAGGAUGAUGGAGCGGAGUACUGGUGUGAAACCAUGCUAGAACUGGGACCUGCUGGGCCCCGGAACCCUCCAGUGAUGGGGUCACAUAAGCUCAUUGCCACCGUCCUCUUUGGUCCAGAGAUCAUUUGUUCGACAAAAAUUGCAGUGAAAGAAGGAGAAAGUCUGAACUGUGAUGUGAGAGGAAACCCUAUACCAUCAGUCACCUGGUACAGAGAUGGACACGUGUUUGCUCUGCCCACACACUCGAACAUGAAGCAUGCUGGGUAUUACACAGUUGCUGCUAAAGGGCUGAGAGAGAAAAACUUUACAGUGGAGGUGGAGGUCCUUCCUGGCAGUGGAACAGCAAACAGCUGUAGCAGACUUUUCCUGCUGGCCGUCUUACUCAUUCAGACAAUUCUCUGGCUGUAGCACCUAAAGGACCCAGCGUGAGGCGUCUUUCAUGCAGUUUUGAUCAAGUGUUUCUGCAGAGAGAAAUGUUUGACCUUUUUAUUUUGCAGGCCCGUUCUCAUUUUCAACACAGAAAAAAAUAAAUAAAUAGGGGACCUAUGAGUCUCUUUUGAUGCAGGUAAAAGCCAUCUUUUUAGAAAUUCUGCCUUGGGAUAAUUUCAUACAUUAAAUCCAUGUAAAUCUUAACAAAUGCUGCUGUAGAAAUAACUUUGGACUCAGAUGUACUUGUAAAUACAGGAUUGAUUAUCAAUAAUCACUGUUACAUGUCUGUAAAAGCGGUAUGCUGUUUUACUUUUAGACUGUUGAGCUUUCUGAUGAACAAUGCUGUUUUCUUCUCUGGAUUUGCGUUUAAAUGUUUGCAGUAUAAAGACACUUCUUAGGUCCUCUUCCGCUACAGUAAAAAUGUGACUGCUGUAAAUUAAAUUGCUGAACC